CUUUAGUCUAGCAUAAUACAUUUUUCUCUUGCUGAAACCCAGAAUUUAGGUGUGAUCAUGUCGAGCCCCGAUUACUACAAGACUCUAGGCAUCGCCCAAGAUGCCACCCAACAACAGAUUCGCAAUGCAUAUAAGAGGGAAUCACUGAAAUCUCACCCCGAUCGAGUCCCUGUCGACUCACCGGAGCGACCCUCACGCACACGAAAGUUCCAGGAAAUCAACGACGCCUACUACACCCUAUCAGACCCCGCGCGCCGCCGGGAAUACGAUGCUGCUCGCGCAUACCAAGCAGCCGAGGAGGAAGCAGAAGCGGAAGUCCCACCAACCGGCGCCGGCGGUUUCUCCUGGUCCAGCUUUGGAUUCGGUGGAAACCGCGAUGACCGCGACAGCGACCAGUUCGGGUCCGUCUUUGAGGAGAUGCUGCGCGAAGAGGGUCUUGCCGAGGAGAACGAGGGAGAAGGCGGGAGGCGGACUCGCCCAACCGGGAGAUUCUGGGCACUUGUUGGCGGUGUCAGUGGUGGUGCUAUGGGCUUCAUUGUUGGCAAUUUGCCUGGUGCGCUGGCGGGCGCUGUUGCGGGUAAUCGGCUCGGCGCCAUCCGCGAUGCUAAGGGCAAAAGCGUCUAUGAGGUUUUCUUGGACCUUCCAACGCCGGAUCGGACGCGGCUCCUGAGUGAACUUGCGGCUAAGGUCUUCCAGUCCACUAUGGGACGCUGAGUAUAUUUACUUUUGGCUUGCUGAGCGGUUUGGGCGUUGGGGAUUUGGGAACUGGCUCUUACAGGCCUCGGUAGGAAUUGGGUUGGGUUGGACAUUCUGACUGUGCAUGUCUACGUGGCUAUGGAUCACUUAGUACAGUAGGAAAUACAUAUCUCAAGUAUAUAACAAGUAGUUAAGAUAAUUCUCGAGUGCACAUGUUUAACUC